AUGGUGGAAACCUUUUCAACGGUGCCCAAGGUUGAUUUUUCCCGUCUUAAAGACCCCAGUACCAAGGAUGACGAGCUUUUAAAACUUCGUGAGGCCAUCUUCGUGGUGGGAUUUCUCUAUCUGACCGAUACUGGUUUGGAGGAUCUUUUUCGUCGAGCCCACGAGGCACUGCCAGCCCUGUUUGCACUACCAUCAGAGGUUAAAGAGAAAUGCAACAUGAUCAAAUCUCCGUCCUUUCUUGGAUAUACUAGGCUCGGCGCUGAAACAACAGCAGCCAGGACUGAUCUCCGCGAGCAAUUUGACUUUGGCACCCCAGGAAUGAAGGUCUGGUCAAGUCAGGAUCCAUUCUGGCAACGACUUGAAGGGUCCAACCAGUACCCGGACUAUCCUGGCGUGCAAACACUCGUUGAGGAAUAUUUCGCUGCCAUCGAUGAGCUAGCACAGAGCUUUGUGCAUCUAGUCGCGGAAUGCCUAUGCCUGCCUGCCAAUACUUUUGACCAGUUCAGAGGUAACAUGAGUCGACUGAAGUUUGUUAAAUAUCCGCAAUCCGCGCCCGGGUCCCAAGGCGUUGGCCCGCACAAGGAUUCUGCAGGCCUGUUCACGUUUCUUUCACAGGAUGAAUCGGGCGGACUGCAGGUCCUCAACAAGAACGGUGAAUGGGUGGAUGUUCCUCCAGUCGAUGGAAGCCUUGUGAUCAAUAUACAACAAGGAUUUGAGGCUAUCACAGGAGGCGCCUGUGCCGCUACCACUCACCGUGUCGUCGCACCUACAUCCAGGACACGUUACAGUAUUCCCUAUUUCCUCGGAGUUCGGUUGGACCUGACUUUGGAUACAUUGAAGGAAUCGGCCGCUCACAUUGUGUCCUCCAUUCCCACCGCGGACAACCACAAGAAGCGCGCGAUCGAUGUCCCGAGUGAAUUCAUGUCACCUCUUUAUGCCUGCUUUGGGGAGGCGCAUCUAAGAAACCGCAUCUUGAGUCACCCCGAUGUGGGACAACGAUGGUAUCCAGAGCUGUAUUCCAUGUAUUCCCAGCAGUCUCCCAAGUAG